UAGCGUUUGUAUAAUGUAUAAAUUCUCAAGGUUGAUGUUUGAUGUCCCUCUGACCCUAUAGUUUUUACUUUCUGUUGUGGUGUUUAUUUUUUAGUUUGGAAGCGUGUUUUUAAGAUUCAUACUGGACGACGUCUCCUAAUAGCUCGAUUAGAACAUAGAAACUAUUCAAUAUGUCUCGUCUACUGAGAAGAAUUCUUGAUUUUGGAAGUCAUACUGGAUUCAAAUCAAAGAUAAAAUGGUCAGCAUCAUCAUUAGAUGGUUAUCAACAACAACGUAACUUGAAUCUUCACGAAUAUCUUAGUAUGGAUUUAUUAAAAAAUGAAGGCGUUAAAGUACCAAAUUUUGGUGUUGCUUCAAAUUCAACAGAAGCAGAACAAAUAGCACAAAAGUUAGGAGGAAAAGAUUUUAUUUUAAAAGCACAAGUAUUGGCAGGAGGGCGUGGAAAGGGACAUUUUGACAAUGGACUAAAAGGUGGUGUUCAAAAAGUUUUUUCACCAAAAGAAGCUAGUGAAAUGGCAUCUAGAAUGAUAGGUGGAAUGCUAAUAACAAAACAGACAGGUUCUAAAGGACAGCUUUGUGAAAAAGUUAUGAUAACUGAAAGGCUUUAUCCAAGAAGAGAAUUUUAUUUUGCAAUUGCUUUGGAACGUGAAUAUGGGGGACCUGUAAUAAUAGCUAGUGCCCAAGGCGGUGUUAAUAUUGAAGAAGUGGCUAAAGAGAAUCCUAAUGCUAUUAUAAAAGAGCCAAUAGAUAUUAUGACUGGUACAAAUAAAGAACAAUUAUAUAAAGUUGCAAAAGAGCUUGGUUUUUCAGACAAUUGUUUAGAUCAAGCUGUGGAGAUGAUGGAAAUAUUGUAUAAAACAUUUUUAAAAUAUGAUUCGGUUAUGAUAGAAAUUAAUCCAAUGAUUGAAGAUGCCUCAGGAACAGUUUAUUGUCUUGAUGCAAAAUGCAGAUUUGAUGACAAUGCUGGGUUUAGGCAUGAAGACUUAUUUAAAUUAAAAGAUUGGUCUCAAGUAGAUGCUAGAGAGAAGCAAGCUCUAAAAUUUAAUUUGAAUUACAUUCCUCUAGAUGGAGAUAUUGGUUGUUUAGUGAAUGGAGCAGGAUUAGCUAUGGCAACAAUGGAUAUAAUCAAGUUACAUGGUGGUAAUCCUGCUAACUUUUUAGAUGUUGGAGGUGGAGCAACAGUUGAUCAAGUAACAGAAGCUUUCAAAUUAAUCACUGCUGAUCCAAAGGUUCAAGCUAUUUUAGUGAAUAUAUUUGGAGGCAUUAUGAGGUGUGACAUAAUUGCAGAAGGAAUCAUUGCAGCUGCUGAGUUAUUAGAUCUUAAAAUACCAAUAGUGUGUAGAUUACAAGGCACACAAGUUGAUGAUGCUAAAGCACUGAUUGCCCAUAGUAAAUUGAAAAUUCUUGCUUGUGAAGAUCUGGAUGAAGCUGCAAAAAUAGUAGUCAAGUUAUCUACAAUAGUGGGUCUAGCCCGGUCUGCAGCAGUUGACGUGAAAUUUGAGCUUCCCCUGUAAAUUAAGAUAUUUCCCUGUGUAAUUUCAUCCCAGUAGUUAUUGUUAUUCAAAUGAAAUUAUUUUACAUGCUAAUAUAUAUUAGAAAAAAAUAUGUAAUAAAUGAGUGUUUGUAAAAUAUAC